UAUAGGUGAAGACGCAUGCGGUAGAGAGGACUCGGAAUGGGAUUGCGUUCUGCCUGUUGUCUGCAUUUGCUCGACGGACUAAUGAGUGAAUUACUCAGCAAAUAGUAAUAAUAUUCACCCGUAAAUUUAGUUGUGAUACUUAAAACGGUAUCAGAACCAAAUCCCGCGUAUCGUAUUUGGCAGAUAAGACGGCAAACGGUCGGCGGAAAUGUCGUAUUGUCGGGAAGAAGGAAAGGACAAAAUUAUCUUUCUCACCAAAGAAGACUAUGAUCAACCAGGGACAAUUGAGCUGGGAGAGGAUGAGCAGCCUGCAGGCCUGAUCGGCGCCGACGGCGAGAUCAACUGGAACUGCCCGUGUCUGGGCGGCAUGGCGACGGGGCCGUGCGGCGUCGAGUUCCGGGAGGCCUUCUCCUGCUUCCACUACAGCUCGGCGCAGCCGCGCGGCAGCGACUGCUACGAGCCGUUUCAGAAGAUGCACGAGUGCAUGCAGAGCUACCCCGAGCUGUACGGCAGCUCCGAGGACGACGACAAGGAGUUCCAGGAGAAGAUGGAGAAGGCCGAGGCCGAGUCUGCCGCGCGGGCGGACGCGACAGUAGAGGCCGCUCCCACUACAACAGAGGCUGCCGCCGAGACCGCCUCCGCGCCCAUUGAAAACAAAGUGCAAGCGAGAUCCUAACGGAGGCUUUGGGGCGCGGCGCGCGACUGUCUGAUGUGUUAGUACCUCAUUGUUACUCAUGGGAUGCGGUGAGUCCCGGGGAGUGCACUUGGUUGCGCGGGUCUGAAUGCUCUCCCAGGUCGAUUGCAUGACCACGGGCGGACCUGGGGGAGGG